AUGAUAUAUAAAGAAGAAGUUUCUAUAGUAUCUAGAAAUCCAACAACUUUGGCUGUUUUACCAACUAGCCAAGAGAUAUAUCCAUCAGUUGCAAAAGCUCGACAAAAAAAAACUCCUUCAUUACCACAAUCGUGCUUAUUUGAUCUUCCAGAUCAUUUUAAAACAACUAUUGAUGGAAAUAGAUUUAUAUUAUGUGAUGAAUCAUUAGCACGACGCGAACGUAUAUUAGUUUUUGCGAGUGAUCGUCAACUUGAUCUGUUAUUUGCUUCACCUAUUAUUUAUAUGGACGGAACUUUUGCCAAAAGUUCACCACAUUUUACACAAUAUAUAUUAUACAUGCAGUUCUUUUUGAUAUAUUUUAUGGCAUUAGCAUUAAUGCCACGUGAACAUGUUGUCAGUAGCUUCCGAGAAAUUCAAGCUGAUGCUGAUCGAUUGCCUCAUGGUCUUAUGGAAGAUUUAUUGAUCUAUUUUGAAACAAACUGGUUAGAUGAUAUAGAUUUAUGGAAUGUUUCUACAUCUGAAAAUCGAACGAAUAACGUAUGCGAGGGUGAGAAUCAUAAAUAA